AUGCCUUAUAAUAUUGCAAUGGUUUCAGAUUUCUUUUUCCCUCAGCCAGGAGGGAUUGAAUCCCAUAUUUAUCAGCUUUCACAAAAACUACUUGAUCGAGGACAUAAAGUAAUUAUUAUUACACAUGCAUAUAAUGAUAGGAUGGGGAUCCGCUAUUCUGGAAACGGGGUAAAGGUAUAUUAUGUACCUUUCUUUGUUAUAUUUAGAGAAUCAACAUUUCCAUUAAUAUAUUCAUUUUUCCCACUAUUUCGAAACAUUGUUAUACGAGAGGAGAUUGAUGUUAUUCAUGGGCAUGCAUCUUUAUCAUCAUUUUGCCAUGAAGCAAUUUUACAUGCAAGGACAAUGGGUAUUAGAACGUGUUUUACAGAUCAUUCGUUAUUCGGAUUCGCUGAUGCAGUAUCUAUUUUUACAAAUAAACUUUUAAAGUUUACACUGAGUGAUAUUGAUCAUGUAAUAUGUGUUUCCCAUACAUGUAAAGAAAACACAGUACUCAGAGCUGCAUUGGAUCCUCAUAUGGUCAGCGUAAUACCUAAUGCCAUUGUAGCGGAAAAUUUUUCUCCCGAUCCUAGUAAAGCAUCUCAAGAUACAAUAACAAUUGUCGUUGUUUCAAGACUAUUUUAUAAUAAGGGAGUCGAUCUUUUAAUUGCCACCAUUCCUAGAAUUUGUUCAUUAUAUUCAGAUGUUAAAUUUAUUAUUGCAGGUUCAGGGCCAAAAGCAAUAGAUAUAGAACAAAUGAGGGAAAAAUAUAUGCUUCAAGACAGAGUAGAAAUGCUCGGUUCAAUUCGCCAUGAAGACGUCCGAGAUGUCAUGGUUCGAGGACAUAUCUAUCUUCAUCCUAGUCUUACUGAAGCAUUUGGAACAGUAUUAGUAGAAGCAGCAAGCUGUGGCCUUUAUGUUGUUUGUACACGUGUUGGUGGUGUUCCUGAAGUUCUACCCCCGCAUAUGACAAUUUUUUCUGAGCCAGAAGAAGACGAUCUUGUUUCUGCAACUUCUAGAGCAAUUGAUGCAUUAAAAGAAAGACGAAUUCGUACCGAUACUUUUCAUAAUGAAAUAAAAACAAUGUAUUCAUGGACUGAUGUAGCUGAAAGAACUGAACGUGUCUACGAUUGUAUAUGUUCAACUGAUGUUCAUCCUUUAAUUGAUAGAUUAAAAAAAUAUUACGGCUGUGGUAUGUGGGCAGGAAAGCUUUUUUGUUUUUUAGUUGCCAUUGACUAUUUAUUAUUUGUUAUUUUAUGCUGGAUUUUACCAGAUACAAAUAUAGACAGAGUUGAACCACUUUUAUUAAAAAAAAAACAAAAAUCUUUGGAUAAAAAGAAAAAUUAG